AUGGAAAAUGUAGAUACUAAUGAAACUUUCGCUGAAUCAUCCAAGCCUGAAAUAAAUACUGAGCCAAUGAAAGAUAGUUUACAUCAAUCACUAGAAAAAGAUGUGGAGACAUUGACAAGAGGAUCAGAUGAUUUUGUUAAAAGUGAAGGACAUAUUAUAGAUGAACAUAAACUUUCAGAAAAUAUAUCUCAUCAAAAUUUAGUUGAACACAGCAAGUCAGAUCCACUUGAAAUCAAUUACAGUGAUUUGGAUUCCUCCACUUAUCUAAUUAAUGCCGAAUCUACUUCAAGUUCAAUUAAUGUUGAGAAAUCUGAAGUAAAAUCUACUUCUACUUUGAAGGAUAAAGAAGAGGUCAAUUUAUGUACUAUUAAUGGAGAUACCAGUGCCGAUGAUGAAUCUCUUGAUCAUCUAGAAAAAGAAAAUGGUAAUCUUGGAGAAAAAGACAAUCCGAAGAAACUUGAAAACACUACACUUGUUACUGAAAGUGAAACCACAGAGAGUGUCUCUACGUCGACGGAGAUUGAUCAGAACAAAACACAUACUGAUAGAAUGGAAAUUUCAAAUGAAAAUCUAGGUGAAAACAACGUUUCUAAAGCUGAAGAAUCUUCUAGUAAAGCAACCGCAGAUCCUGAAGAAGAAUGGAUGGAUAUUUUAGGAAGUGGUCACUUGAUGAAGAAAGUAUUAACACCUGGUUUACCAAAUUCAAGACCCCAAAAGUCUGAUAUUUGCGUUUUAAAUAUAGUUGGGUGCUUAGAAGAUGGAACUGUUGUCGAACGACAUGAAAAUUUAGAAAUUAAUCAUAGUGACAAUGAAGUAAUUCAAGGUUUAGAUUUUGCUUUGGCAUUAAUGGAUAAAGGUGAGGUUGCUGAAAUCAAAAUAACUCCCAGAUUUGGUUAUGGUUCAUUAGGUAAAAGACCUGAAAUUCCACCUGGUGCUAAUCUGAUUUAUACUGUUACCUUGUUGGAUGUUAAAGAAGAACCUCCAAUCCAUACACUGAAUGUUAUGGAUAGGAUUAAGAGUGGCCUUAAGAAAAAAGAGCGUGGAAAUUGGUGGUAUUCACGAGAUGAAAAUACGUUAGCUAUUAAUUGUUAUCGUAGAGCCUUAGAUUAUUUAGAUGACACUGACAUCCCAGAGCCACAUAAUGAGGAAGAUGUACAUAAACUGUUAGAAGAACGUCUAAAAACUUACAACAAUCUAGGUGCUGCUCAGAUGAAAGUUUCAGCAUUUGAUGCUGCAUUAAUGUCUGUGAAUAAUGUUUUGACUGCACAACCUACAAAUGUUAAAGCUUUAUUCAGAAAAGCAAAGAUUCUAAAAGAAAAAGGAGAAUUACAGGAAAGUAUAAAUGUUAUCAAGCUGGCUUUAUCUCAUGAACCCGAUUCACAAGCUCUACAACAGGAACUUUCUUCUCUUAUGGCUGCCCAGCGGAAAGUCAAUUCGAAACAACGUGAACUAUACAAAAAAAUGAUGGGAAAUAGUAGUAACCAGCCUGAUGAAGAAUCUAAAAAGAAAGAUUCUAAAAGUAAUUAUAAAACAUUUACAUUGGUUGCAGCUGUUAGUUUCGCUGUUGCUGUGUUAGGAUUGCAGGAUAUUAUUAUUAUUAUUAGUGUGGCUCUACAAUCCGAUGUCGAAUCUUGGCCUCCUUCAACAGCCUCCUCUAAUUGUCCCGGUUUCCUGCAGCCGCCAUUCAAUUCCGAAGCCCCAGCAUAUUUGUUGCAUCAGCAGCUGAUGGGUCUGGUAAAACUUCAGGAUAUUAUAGAUAGGGUAUAUUGA